AUGACUAUUAUGAUGGCCAUCACUGUUAUUGCUGAGCUGAUCAUACUGUCCAGGGUUGUAUUCUUGCUGUCAGCAGUAGUGUUUGCAGUGAUGGGUGCUCUGGGUUCCGUCACCAACUGGAUUUACUCAGCCGUGAAUGAGUCGGUUCUUCUCAACAUCGCUGCUUCUGGGAGCAUAUACCAUGCAACAUGGCUGAGAGACAGAGAAAGGUUGCUUCAGAUAAAAGAUAGGAAAGUUAAGUACUAUGUGAACAAGAACGAGUGCAGAUGUAAGAUAUUCCUCAAUGGGACUCUGCAAGUUGAGCAGGUGGUGAAAGAGGACAGUGGAAAGUACAUGGUGAUUGUUUACCAGCAGGAUGGAAAACUGAAGGCAGAAGAAGAGACAAUGUUAAUUGUUCAGGAGCCUGUCCCUCAGCCAAUCCUCAUUUCUGAAUGCAUGAAUAAAAGUAUAUCUGUCAAGUGUGAAGUGAAGCAGAAGACUAAAGACGAAACAUUUAUAAUAGAACUGAGUCAAGAUAAAGGCAAAAAAACCCAAAAGAAUGGGACAAGGUUGGAAUUACACACGCGGAAUUCUGGGAUGUUCAGAUGUGUUGUUAAGAACCAAGUCAGCCAAAAAAUGAUAGAAAAAGCAAUUAAUUGCUCAGGCCGCCUGGACAUUUAUCUCAUCUUAAGUAUAGCAGGAGGUGCAAUCUUCCUUGUCAUCUUCAUGGUUUUGCUUAUUUAUUGUGUCAGGAAGAAGAAAGCAGAAAGGCUUGAAGAUGAUGACGAGGAGCGGAUGAUGCAGGCUCGCCAGGGGGACAGGGAAAUGGUGGUGAGGCAGCUGCCCCAGCCACCGUCCAAUCCCACCCCAAAGCAGCUGCGCGUCCAGCAGCGGCCGCUGCCGCAGCCCCAGCAACAAGCUGUGCCCCCGCGACCCAGGCCCCGCACUCAGCAGCGGACUCCAAACCACCCAAGAGAAAGACCUUGA